ACUUGCAGCACCUCAGAGAAAUUUUGAAAUUGCCUUCAAGAUGUUCGACUUGAAUGGAGAUGGAGAAGUAGACAUGGAGGAGUUUGAACAGGUUCAGAGCAUCAUUCGCUCCCAAACCAGUAUGGGUAUGCGUCACAGAGAUCGUCCUACUACUGGAAACACCCUCAAGUCUGGCUUGUGUUCAGCCCUCACAACCUACUUUUUUGGAGCUGAUCUCAAAGGGAAGCUGACAAUCAAAAACUUCCUCGAAUUUCAGCGUAAACUUCAGCAUGAUGUUUUGAAGCUAGAG